ACACCCACGAACUCCUAUCACCCCUCUAGACAAAGCCAAAUUCCUCCUCCCUCUCUCCUCUCCUUCAUUCCCAACUCCCUACUACCCAGCCACACGCCCGCUCAAGCUUGAUUAAUUGCCUAGCUUGCACCAAGGACGUACGUCGUGCAUGCAGUGCAUGGCCCAGGAGAGCUCCGAGGCCUCCGUCGCGAGCUCACCGCCUGCGCCGCCGCACCCACCAUCAUCGGCCACCUGGUGGCGCGACAUGAAUCCUUACUCCACUACCCCGGCCUGGCCGCCACCACCUGUCGCCGCUGCGCAACGAUGGCCUCCGUUCGGCCACCAACAGCAUCAGCAGCAGCACCGGACGUCCUCUUCCGGCGCCGAAGACGACAUGUCGGCCUCCAACGCCACCAUGCAGACCUCCUACACCAACACCUCCACCACCAACCACUCCGGCAUCAGCAUGGACGACUCCUCGGCCGCCGCAGCAGCAGCCGCCGAGAGCCACCUCUGGAACCAAGUCCUCAUGGGCGCCGGCGGCGAGGUCGGGAGGAGCAUGCAGGCGGUGCAUGACGCCCACGACGACAGCGAGAACUUUCUCGAUCUGCUCAACUCGAGGACGCUUGCCCCAGAGCUCUUCGCUGAGCCGCCAGCCUGUGACUACCUUAAGAAGAUGGAGUACAGUGGCAGCCAUGGUGGUGGCGGCCCAUGGCCGGACGUCCACCAGUUCAACGCGGCCAAUAUGGAGAAGCACCUAGCCGGAGCUGGCUACGUCAAUGCGCUCGCUCACCACCACGGCGCGCCAGAGCGGCUCACGGCGAACCUCUCGGACCUGGUGAGCAACUGGUCCAUCGCGCCACCCAACCCGUGCCACACCGACGGCAGCCACCUCCAAGGGCGCGUGGGCCAAUGCGAUGACGCCGCCGACAUGGGCCACGGCGGCGCCAAGGCCCUAUUUCUGGACUCUAGCGGCAACGUCAAGCACGAGAUGGGCGGCCAUGCCGCGAUGCUGCAGGAAGCGGCCGGGAGCAGCAGCACCAGCAGCCAAGACUUCACAAGGCCCAUAGGGCUAGGGUACAACUCCAUGCUAGGGCUCAGCAACAGAAUGUACGGUGGCGGUGACGCCGCCUUGGAGGUGCAGUGGGGAAGCAACAAUAAUGGUGGCGACGCUAGGAGCCUGUCGGACCUGAUAUCCUUCGGCGGGGCGAUGGGAAAGCCGGCGCCGUCAGCAUCGCCGGCGAGGGCGUCGUCGGCGGAGUACAGUAAUAAGAAGCAAGUGCAGGACAUCUCGUCGCCGGCGAAGACGAACAGUGGCAGCGGCAAGGCGGCAUCGAGCGAGGGGAAGAAGAAGAGAUCGGAGGAGGAGAAGGGGUCGUCGGAGGGGAACGUGAAGAAAUCCAAGCACGAAGCCUCAUCGCCCACCUCGUCGUCUCUCAAAGCGCAAGUGCCAAAAGUAAAGCUAGGAGACAAGAUAACGGCACUUCAACAGAUAGUUUCGCCAUUUGGGAAGACUGAUACAGCAUCAGUUCUAUAUGAGGCGAUAAAUUAUAUCAAGUGGUUGCAUGAACAAGUGCAGCUGCUCAGUGAUCCUUACAUGAAGUCAAGCAGUAGCAAGGAUUACAACCCAUGGGGAGGGUUGGAAAGGAAAGAGAAGGCAGAGGCUGAGGCUGACCUAAGGAGUCGAGGGCUGUGCUUGGUACCAGUCUCAUGCACGCCUCAGGUGUACAGGGAUAACAACGGCCCGGAUUACUGGACCCCACCCUACAGGAGCUGCCUAUACCGAUGAUUUAUUUUAUUGCAUAUUAUUAUUUGAUUAUUACAAUUAUUAUUGCUUACUACAUGGUGAAUAAUUUGUGGUUAAGAUAUGGUUAGAGAAAGGCCAAAUCAUGAGGUUAAUUUAUAGUUGUAUCUGUGUACUUACAGCCACAAGUAACUUAAACAUCAAAUGUAUCUUGUUAUGUUGAUUA